AAGCUUAAGGUGAAUGUAAAAAUGUAAAUGUUUUGAUUGGUCAUCGUCAUGCCAACAACGUAGUACUCGCACAUCAAUCUUUAUCAACAUGCCGUCUUUCGAUUCUCUUCCCGCCGAAGUUGCGGGUCGAAUCUUUGACGGCCUAGAUUUGAAGUCGAUUGAGGCGCUGCGAAAAACCAGCCGCCAGGGCCGAGAUGUCGUGAACGUUGUGGCGGCGGACCCGCAAACCAGCGUGACCCACAGCCACCUGUUCUUGCUCCAUCUCGUGGGCGGGUUCGGAAAAGAUUUCUUUCUCGACUUCUUGGAUUGCCGCUCGUUGGCGCGGCUGCAAAGCGUGUCCGCGGUCGUCCGGGGACCAGUGCUUGAUUACGUGCUGACCUACCCGGUAAGGCCAUGGAAGAACUUGGCACUUCCCGCCGCAGUGCCGGUAGAAAAACCGGGCUCGGCGCGGUUCGAGCAUUAUCGCGAGGACCGGAGCUCCGCACACGGACGCACGCACGCGGUCAUGGCGUAUUUCGGGCAGAAGCAAACCUCCGGGGAAUGGCGCGGAUUUUGUGGGGGCUGCACCUACCUGCAUCUCGACGUUGGUGGCAGCGCGGUAUGCUUAAACUUCUUCGCGCGAUAUGGGCUUUCCUGCUUCGACGGGCCGAUCUAUGAAAGCCGGAUGCAUAUGCUGGCCUGGCUAUGGAUGUGCCGGGAGCGACAAGGAGACCUAGCCUUCGACGAAGACGACCCAGAAAUCGCGCCGGAAGGUCGUCCGCGGGUUCGCACGCACGUAGGUGCCGGCCAUUGGCGCACACUACAGGCGCUCGUCGAUGAUCCGAUGGUCUUUGGGCACGCCAUGCGGUGGAGCAGAUGCAGAGAGAUGUCGACUUUUUUCGUGGUGCUUUUUUACUACGCGGCCCUAUUGAAAAUAGAGAAACCACCAGCCGGAGAGCAAGACAGCGCAGCUACAACAGCCCCGCCCCGAUCGGAUUUGCACUUGAGUGCCGCAGACCGCCUCGCAAUACAGGCUGCCUGGAAGCGAUCCGCGUUUGGGAUUCUGUUGCUGUUACUCUGCUACGCCCGCUACCGCUUCCGCAUUCAAGGAGGGAACCACGGCCAAGGUGGUGUGACGCUCGACAAAACCAUCUCAGCUGACGUCACUACAUUUCUGUCGUCGGCGCUGGACAACGUCCAGACCUUCGUCGAUCAGUCCCGACUCUGGAGCAAAGAGCUGCGGAGAGCGGUAUCUUUUUCUCUGCUCGUGGUGUGUUUGUGUUUGUGAUUCAUGUUUCAGAGCGCAUACUUGCAUUUGGGAACUCAAGAUCUUAAAAAAGUAUCUUCUCCUUCACCAGUACAAAAAAUAAAAAUUAGCACUAUAUUAUACAAUUCUUCGCGGGGAGAGCAUCAUGGAAGGCGAAGGCACGGUUACUCAUCAUGACAGGUAAUCGACUAUUGGCUGCGGUGUGAGAUGGAGAUUACAAGCCAGGGCGGAUCUGGAAUCUUCGAGGUUCUGCGACAGGAGACGCAGUUCCACAGACAUCUCCCUUUGGUGGCGCAUUUGCUGUGGAACGAAUCCGUCCGGUACUGGCUCCGGUGGAGUCGCACGCGGGAAGCGGAAACCGAUUACCAAGACCGGGAGGGCGUUUCGCACUGCUUCCAAAUACCGCUACUCGUCGACCCGACAACGGCGUCACUCGCGGCAAAGUUUUCGCGUGGCGAGGAUCGGGACCGUGACGAUAGCACUACAGGCGUGUGCGAAAUCACAACGCGGAUCGCGCUGAGUUCCGUCGAGAUUAAAAACUGCGCCGCCCUUGCGCCGGACUACGUCGCGUGGUUUAAAGCCAGAACGGCGCACCCGGAGAACGACUGGGCGCCCCACAGUGGUGGGCAGUUUACCGACCACCUUCUGGAGGCGCUGGAGUGCCCGGACUACGCACAUGCGUGGAGUGCGCAUGAUAUUUCCGACUACGCCAGAUCCGUACACCGCCGCAGACAGGGCGAGCAGUGUUCUGCAGAGCGGCUUGGCUGUUUUUCCGAGUCCCCGUUGUACAAGGACAGUGCUGAGGUGCGGGACGCUUUCUGGAUUAUGGUUGAGUCACACGGGAGGGAUUUUUCAGAAGUCUUUACUGUGCAGAACGGAAAUCACACAACUUUCGGCCUGCUGUGCAUGUUGCAUGUGCUUGCGAAGCUUGGCGGUGACAACCACCGGACGCGAGAAAUGCCCGCCAAGAUUUGCGGGUAUAUUUUUUCGGGGAACCACGAGACGCCUGGUUGGUUGCGACGGUUCGCAGACGCGGGGCACGACGAGGACGAAAACACAGAAGAUUUCUUAAUAACGACAACUUUGCUCUCGGGAAAGGGUAUACUAGAUCAUAUUCUGGGACCGAACGACCGUGACCACGAGGAGAUGCUUAUCGGCCCUAACUUCCCGCCCAACACCAUGGAAAUUCCCCGGAGCACCUACAAGGCCGUCGCGCGGCUCAUCCUCGCAGACAACCCGUGGCUCCUGUCCUGCAAGCCGGACGACUGGGACCUCACACAGAUCGGUCAGGAGUCGAUAAGCGACGCCGAGAGCGACGACGAGUUCGGGCUGGCGCAGCGAUGAAUAAGAUGAGCAAACGAGAUUGAUGAUAUCUUGAAACUGAAAUAACACACGACGAUCCCGAGCUGCUUCCGCUGUAGAAUACUGCUGGUUUACGCACUAUGUUUGCUCCUUGCUUCGAGACGCGUGGUUGUGUUGUUUUCAUCCUUUGUAGAAAACUUAAACUGUGGCGCCGAUGACAACUGAUGUAGCAAUGUUGGAGCAGCAAGAACGUCGAGAUAAACCGCACUCGCCAUCAGCAUCA